AUGUCAAAUCAAAAUGCAACUGUAUUACUCACGAGGCUUCUAUCCUUCAGAGAAAGUUCAUCAUUUCAUUUGAUAUUAGACUCGUUAACUCAAUCAUCAUAUUAUUUGAUUCAAGAAUAUAUACAUCAAAUUAAAUCAAAUCAUAAAAUAUUAUACUUAUCAUAUGAAACAAUAAAUAAACCAACCUACGCCACAGAGUUUUUGGACUGUACAGUAACUCCAUUGGCAGAUGUCAUUAAAUUUGUUAAGGCCCACAACCCAACUGACUCAUCUUCAACAUCAAAUACUUCAAAAAAUGUCAUAAUCAUAGAUUCAUUAAAUUACAUUACGAACGAAAGCUUAACCCUGUUCAUAGCUAAUUUAGUCACACCUCAACUGGUUGUUGUUGCCACAUAUCAUACUAAUUGCGUUGCUCCAUUCAUGAAAUAUACAAAUUAUCCAUCAAAUAUAGCAUUAUUGACAUAUAUUGCCAGUUCAAUUUUUGAGAUAGAGCCACUAACAAAUGAAUCAAUAGAUGAAGAAUCUCUUGAAAGAGACAUGUCUCAAUUAAAUUUUCCAGUGAAUGCAAAUUUAAAUAGUGAAACCUUUAAAGUUGUGCUAACAAAUAGAAGAAAAUCAGGAAGAUCAUUGAUCUAUAAAUUCAAGAUUGAUAGUAAAAAUCAUUCAUAUGAAAUAAUAAAAGAACAAACACCAGCAGAUAAUACGGAGGAUGAAGAACUUUUGAAAGAUUUAACAACUUUCAAUCUAACUACAAGUGAUAAGCAAAAACUUGCAAGAGAACAAGUUGAAUUACCAUUUAUGCAAGCUCAAGAAGCACUAGGAUCAUCUGGUGGAGCUAUUGUUUAUGAAUUUGAAAAAGAUGAUGAUUAUGAUGAAGAAGAUCCAUAUGAAGACCCUUUUUAA